AUGGCGCCACUGAAACCGGUCAGAGAAAAUGCCGGCAAGAGGCAGAUCGACCAACUGCUUGAACUGGCCGAGAAGUGCCUCGAUGUGGUGAAAUCACGCACCGCCCUUCCAUCCAGUCUACAGCAUGCCCUCGAGGCCGCAAUUACACGCGCUUUCUCUCCCACACCGUCGACUACCUCGCUCGCGCCAUGUGCUGCCAAGGUAGAUGCCCUGGCCUGUGAGCUCUGGAACGCGGCAACAAACUUUCUCCGCCAUCACGAAGAUCAUCAAGCCACUCGACCCUUGACUGACAACGAGGCCCGUUCCAUCCUCCUUCUCCGCAUCCUCUCCUUCUUGCUCAUCGACGCCGCCCGCCAAGCCACCCCAAAGCUUGCUUCGGAUGGAGAGCAGCGUAUACGUACCUUCAAGAUCGCGCUCAAGGCCUGCAAGUUCUGCCUCGACAACGACGAGCUGGUCUAUGCGCGCAAUAUUCUGGAGAGAUGUUCCGAUCAUGUCGAAGCGAUGGAGACCCCUUCGCCCCUCGUACAGAUGUCGGCCCAGAGCGAAACGAACGAACAAAAGGAACAUUCGCGAUCUCUUGUGGCCGAGUACUAUCUUCACCGCCUCGUUCAUGCUUGCAAAUCGGACAGCCUAGAUCUGGCCAACCAUCUCUUCGCCCAAAUCCCUCACUCACAGCUGCAGCAGUCGCCGCACCUGUCUGAAAAAGCAGCCGAUCUGUUUUAUGAAGCCGGCAGGGCAUUGUGCAAAAGACAGCAAACCGAGCAAGCCGUGGUAUGGUUUGAGAGGGCAGUUUCUGCACUUGAUGCCAGCGAGCCCGAGCACCAAAGUGAGAAUGCAGCAGAGCUUCGGCUGACCGUGACAGCUUCUCUUGUGAAGUGUCUGCGCAGCAGCGAUGACCAAAUCGCACUACAGCGGGCGCAGCAUCUUGUCCAGCAGCUGAGCACUACCCACGGGCUGGCGAAUCGUAUCACCGUUCAACUAUUGCGACUCAAUGUUCUGCUUGUGCACUCGCCGCCAGCCAUGGACGAAAUGAGAAGCGCCUUGUCAAUGUUGAUUCGAUCUUCCGUUAUCACAGAGUUGACAUUCAAGAAAAUCAUGCAAACGAUCCAUCGAGUUCAGAAAGUGGACUGUGAGGUUGCGAGGCAAGCACUUGCCAACUUGAUCACCACCCGCCUUGUCAACGACUUUCCGGAAGAGCAAUGCGAGGCUGCCGCAUGCCUCAGCCGAAUCGAGCAAGCGACAAUCACUUACACUCUUUCCGUCUCCAACGAGCCGAGCGAGGCAUCACCAGGCUCCGUUGCGGAAUUGCAAAAGUUAUUCGAUGCCAUUCACCAGCACAACGGCCUCAUAUUCACGGCAAAAGCAACUCAUGCAGCCCAGACGCUGAUCUGGAAAGCGGCAGCAUCAAGCGAGACAGAUCUUGCGGCCGCAUGGUCCGCACUUCUGCAACACCCCUUGUUUGAGAGUGCGGGUCAGAUUAACAAGACCAAGAUUGGCAGAAAGAUGAUGGCCGUGGCACUCGCAAAAGGUGAUUUCAACGGAGCGAGACAAACCUUCUACCAGAUGUCACCAGGCUCACGGAACGAGAGCAUGACUCGAUACCUUGCAUUCAAGCUGGCGCUACGCUGCGAUGACUACGAAAUGGCAAGGGAGAGCCUGCAGGAGAUCGCGAAGAGCAGCAAGAAAGACCAGACGUUUCUCUACGCCUGCGUUCUCGAAGCGCAACAGUCCAAGAUGCGAGCGAUAGCCGUGGCCGCCUUGCAAGCCAUUCUCGACCGGCAAUCACCGGAGCUUCAUAUGCCCUCGCUACUGCGGUGCAUAGCAAAAUUACUGAUUGCGGUAAUUGGUACGGCAGACCGGGGCGCACAUGAAGUAAUGGAGGAGGUCGUGCAAGUGUUCGAGAAUGCCGCAGCAAGUACGCAAGUUUUGAGCAAGGCGGCUGGGGAUGGAUGGCAGAGUGAGGUCCAGUGGUGGAGCAAGAAUGCCUACAAUCUGUCGCUCGAGCAUUGUGCCGGCAUGGAUCCGGAACAUCUCGCUCGCCUCCUCACCGCCUGCACUCAUCUGAUCGAAGCUUCCUCCGCCGAGGGCGAAGCGACGGAUGUGGAGGGGCGUCGAAGAAGAAAAGCACUGUGUCACUUUCUCUGUGCAAGCGCGCACAUUGUGCUUGCACGUUCUGUGGAAGAACGAUCAGAGUAUGGCUUGCAGAACUACCUGAACGCUCGUCAGCAGAUCGAAGAUUUCCAGGCACUGCAGCCUGCACUGGGCGAGAGGCAAGAUCAAGAUCUUCACAGGAAGGCAUUCGAGCUUCUUAAGUUCGAUCUGGAAUGCAUUUUGCAUCUGCAGCAGUGGGAUUCGCUGGAUGCCUGCUUGCAGAAGUGCCUCGAAUGCCGCGACGUUGACCGAUGGGAAACACUGGCCGACAUUGUCCUCAUCAUUCGCCAGCAAAGGGCAGCAGCGGGAGAGAGUGAGCAGAGCCCUGCACGCAUCAACCGACUACUUGACAGAAUCAUCAACGAGACGUGGCAGCAGAACAAGGACAUCAGCAAAGCCUCUCGCUGGCUCCGCCUCUCCUUCUCGAUGGAUCUGAAAGAGGGUAAAGGGGACUUUGCGCUCGAGCUACUGAAGCAGUCGGCGGGCAUGGCGAUGAAAGGGUAUCGAAAGGAAGAUGCCACGUAUCCGGAGACGGAACUGCAAUGGCUGGCCAUCACCGCUUUCAAUCGAGCAGUCGACCUUCUGUCUAGCGGGAAUGUCGCCCUGGCUCGAGAGUGGAUCCAGGGAGCGUUGGAGCUGGCGAGAUAUGCUGGGGACGACGGGGCGUUGCAUGCGAACUUGACGGAUCGGCAUGAAAUGGCAAUGAGGCGGCUGAAGGAUGCAGGACUGUGA